UGAUUGGCUAAUUUCAUAUGCAUAAAGAUGUUAAAUCGAUUAUCGUUAUGUUAUGUUAAUCUUACGAUUGUUAUAAAGAAUUUCUUAUUUUGAAAUUUCAUAUUGUAUAAAUUAUUACAUUUUUAUUGCUAUUGUAUAAUGAAUAGCAAAAAUGCAAACAACCAUUUUACUUCUCAUUAUAAAAGAAAUGAACGAGAAGAAAUGUUAAUAGCACGACCAUUGGAUUUUUCAUUCAAAAAAGCUACUAACUUGAAUGAAUUAGUUAAUCAACAACCUCAGACGGUACGAACUGUUAAAGCACCAAUACGAACGUCCAAAGAUCGUUUUGCAACAAGUACAAUAUGGUUGAGUAAUAAUUUAUUAAGAUCCAUGGAAGGACUUGAGAAUUUUACCAAAGCAGUUCUAGAAGAUCCAACUUGUUUAAGUUGGUUAGAUCUUUCAUUUAACGCAAUCAAUGAAAUCGGAGUAGACAUCACAAAAUUUCCUAAUUUGAAGAUCCUAUAUUUACAUGGAAAUAACAUUUCUAAUAUAAAUGACGUAUUAAAAUUAAGAAAACUCUGUAAUAUGAGAGCCUUAACGUUGCAUGGAAAUCCAAUAGAAACUUUAUCUUACUACAGAGGUUAUAUAAUUAACGUUAUGUCACAAUUAAUCAAUUUAGAUUUUUCUCCAAUAACUAUGUCCGAAAGGAAACGACCAGUACCUGCUGGAUUUUUUAAAAUAAUACAACCUGCUUUGUAAACAUGUCUUCUGCUGAAGUAAAAGCAUUACCCAAACCAAAUCUUCGUAAUUUGCUGUUAAGAAAGGUGAAAAUAGCUUUUAUCGGUAUGACAGUAACUUCAACUCUUACAACAUUAGGCUACAAAGUAUUUAUUGGUGAUGCAAGGAAGAAAAAAUAUGAAGAAUUUUACAAAACGUACGAUCCAGAAGCAAGUCUCAAACGUAUGUGCGAAUCCGGUUAUAUGCAGUCCUGUGGAGAUACUCAUAUAGUUUAUGAGUAAUUAUUUGAAUAAUGUACAUAGUUCGUCAUAGUAAACCGUAUUCAUAUAAAUAUAAAUUAAUUUAAAUAAAAUAUACAUCUGUUAUAUA